AUGGUUUCCUUCACCGAAUUUGUUAUUGCAUCAGCUGUGCUGGUUGGGGCCCCUGGCCACGGAGUCAUCCUCGGCGCACAGGGCGAGAAGGGAUCACCUGCCAGCGUAGGGUUCAAGGUCAACCCCGAUAUUGCCCGCAACUGCAUGACCAUAAACCCCUACCAGCAGGAUGCCACCUUUAUCCGUGAUGCCGAGAUCAAAGCCAACCUUGUCAACGAGUGUGGCUGA